AUGACAUCAGCGAAGCCCACAGCGCUGUAUGGGAGGAUGUUUGGGGGAGCGUUGGUGGAAGAAGCCAAAUGCCUUCCACACCCUUUCGCCAUCACCGUGUUUGAGGACAGCCUGUACUGGACCGACUGGCACACCAAGAGCAUCAACAGCGCCAACAAGUUCACCGGCAAGAACCAGGAGAUCAUCCGCAACAAGCUGCACUUCCCCAUGGACAUCCACACCCUGCACCCGCAGAGGCAGCCGGCAGGUGGCAAGAACCGCUGCGGAACCAACAACGGCGGCUGCAGCCACCUGUGUCUCCCCAGCAACAAGACGUACACCUGCGCCUGUCCCACCGGCUUCAAGAAGGUCGACCACUACAACUGUGCCAACGGUCUUGACAAGUUCCUGCUUUUUGCCCGAAGGACGGACAUCCGACGAAUCAGCUUCGACACAGAGGACAUGUCCGAUGAUGUCAUCCCUCUGGCUGAUGUGCGCAAUGCCGUGGCUCUGGACUGGGACGCCAAAGACGGCUACAUCUACUGGACGGACGUCACCACCGACUCCAUCAACAGAGCUCUGUGGAACGGCAGCAAGCAGGAGGUGGUGGUGGACACCAGUCUGGAGAGUCCAGCAGGUCUGGCGAUUGACUGGGUGACCAGCAAGCUGUACUGGACUGAUGCUGGAACGGAUCGCAUUGAAGUGUCGAACGCCGACGGCAGCAUGCGGACCGUCCUGAUAUGGGAGAACCUGGACCGGCCCCGGGACAUUGUCAUCGACCCGAUCGGAGGUUUCAUGUACUGGACCGACUGGGGCGCCAACCCGAAGAUCGAGCGUGCAGGAAUGGACGCGUCGAGUCGCAUCGUCAUCAUCUCAUCCAACCUGACGUGGCCCAACGGCCUCGCCAUCGACUACGAGACCAAGCGGCUGUACUGGGCCGACGCUGGCAUGAAGACUAUUGAGUUUGGGAACUUUGACGGUUCUGAUCGACAGGUUUUGAUCGGCACCCAGCUGCCUCACCCCUUCGGCCUGACGGUGCACAAGGACAAGUUGUACUGGACAGACUGGCAGUCGAAGAGCAUCCAGAGCGCUGACAAGCUCACCGGUUUGGGUCGACACACGCUGGCCGAAAACCUGGAGAACCUCAUGGACAUCCACAUGUUCCAUCGACACCGAGAGACAGUGCGUAACCCGUGCGAGGUGAAUAAUGGAGGCUGCAGCCACCUCUGUCUCCUGGCGCCUGCUCCCAAAGCCUCCAGCUGCGCUUGUCCCACUGGGAUCAACCUGCAGACGGACGGGAAGACCUGCACGCCUGGGAUGAGCAGCUUCCUGAUCUUUGCACGGAGGACGGACAUCAGGAUGGUUUCUCUGGACAUCCCUUACUUUGCUGAUGUGGUUUUGGCCGUCAAUAGCUCCAUGAAAAACACCAUCGCCAUCGGGGUUGACCCCAAAGAAGGAAAAGUCUACUGGUCCGACAGCACGCUGAAGAAAAUCAGCAGAUCGAACAUCAACGGGUCAGCGCAGGAAGACAUCAUGUCCACAGGCUUGAUGACCACUGACGGUCUGGCAGUGGACGCUGUUGGCAGGAAGAUCUACUGGACAGACACGGGGACCAACCGCAUCGAAGUCGCCAACCUGGACGGCUCCAUGAGGAAAGUUCUCGUGUGGCAAAACCUGGACAGCCCUCGAGCCAUCGCCCUCUACCACGAGAUGGGUUACAUGUACUGGACGGACUGGGGAGAACACGCCAAGCUGGAGCGCUCGGCGAUGGACGGAUCCGACCGUGUGGUGCUCAUCAGUAACAACCUGGGCUGGCCCAAUGGCCUGGCCAUCGACAUGGCCGGCUCACAGCUGCUGUGGGCCGACGCUCACACGGAGCGCAUCGAGGCGUCCGACCUGAACGGGCAGAACCGCCGCACCCUUGUGACUCCGGUCCAGCACCCGUACGGUUUAACCCUGCUGGGCUCCUACAUCUACUGGACCGACUGGCAGAGCCGCAGCAUCCAGCGAGCUGACAAGAACACCGGGGCCAACACCAUCACAGUGAGAGCCAACCUGCCGGGCCUGAUGGACAUCCAGGCUGUGGACAGAGAGAGGCCACUGGGUUUUAAUAAAUGCGGCAGGAGGAACGGGGGCUGCACCCACCUGUGCCUGCCUCGCCCCAACGGCACUUCCUGCGCCUGUCCCACGGGCAUCCUGCUGAAGGGAGACAGCAGGUCGUGCGACGACUCCCCGGAGACGUACCUGCUGUUCUCCAACCGGGUCAGCGUUCGCAGGAUCUCCCUGGACACCAACGACCACACCGACGUCCACGUACCGGUGCCCGAGCUGCACAACGUCAUCUCGCUGGACUACGACAGCGUGGACGGAAAGAUUUACUACACGGACGUCACGCUGGACGUUAUCAGGCGAGCGAACCUGGACGGCAGUGACAUGGAGACGGUGAUCAGCCAGGGCCUGAAGACCACAGAUGGACUCGCCGUGGACUGGGUGGCCAGAAACAUGUACUGGACCGACACCGGGCGCAACACCAUAGAGGUGGCCCGUCUGGAGGGAACCAGUCGCAAAGUUCUGGUCAACAACAGUUUGGAUGAGCCCCGAGCCAUCGCAGUGUUCCCGAGCAAAGGGUUCCUCUUCUGGACCGACUGGGGCCACAUUGCAAAGAUCGAGAGAUCUCACCUGGACGGCUCCGACCGAAAGGUUCUGAUCAACACCGACCUGGGAUGGCCCAACGGUCUCACACUGGACUACGACACACGAAGGAUCUUCUGGGUGGACGCCCACUUGGACCGCAUCGAGAGCUCCGACCUGAACGGCAAACUGCGUCAGGUCCUCGUCAGCCCGGUGUCCCACCCGUUCGCCCUGACUCAGCAAGACCGCUGGAUCUACUGGACGGACUGGCAGACUAAGUCCAUCCAGCGGGUGGACAAGCACACGGGCCGCAACAAGGAAACUGUGCUGGCCAACGUGGAGGGCCUCAUGGACAUUAUAGUGGUAUCUCCUCACAGACAGACAGGUACUAACCUCUGUGGGGUAAAUAACGGUGGCUGCACUCACCUGUGCUUCGCUAAGACCAACAGUUUUGUGUGCGCCUGCCCCGAUGAGCCGGAUGGGCGACCCUGUUCAACAAUUUCAGGUUACAUCCCAACUUCUCCUGCCAGAGGAACCAGCAGCACCCCCGUCCCCAACAAGAUCCCCAAAGCUCCAACAGACACGCCGCACAGAGGACCCUCGCUGGUCAACUGCACUGACAAGAACCUCAACGUGGAAGGCUGCUUGAACACCGUGGUUACGGCUCCUCACGGCGAAGGACUUCAUAUCAGCUAUGUGAUCGGUGGAGUUCUGACCAUCCUGGCCAUCCUGAUCCUCAUUGCUGCUUUGAUUAUUUACAGACAUAAGAAGUCAAAGUUUGCCGACCCUGGAGUGAGCAAUCUGACCUACAGUAACCCCUCAUACCGGACGUCCACGCAAGAGGUGAAGAUCGAGACGUCGCAGAAGCCUCCCAUAUACAACCAGCUUCGAUAUAAGAAAGAGGGGGGAGUGGACGGGGGCUACACCAAGGAGAAGAUCCGCAUUGUGGAGGGCGUGUGUCUCCUGUCCAACGACGAGCUUUACUGGGACGACCUAAAACAGAUCAAGCCGUCCCGAGGCGGCCUGCACACCUGCAUGCGUACGGACACCGUGUCCCUGCAGGCCAGCAGCGCCUCGCUAGACGACGGCGAGACGGAGCAGCUCCUGCAGGAGGAGGCGUCCGAGUGCUCCUCCAUAACCACCCUGACCCCCUCGGCCAUCACCCCGCAGCGCCACGCCCAGCACAGCCUGCCCGACACCGGCUGGGCCUCCAUACGCAAACCCUCCACCGAGAGCGAAGUGUGAGGACGGCCCGCUGCCCCUCUGUGCUUUAUGUCAACCAUCAUUACCUAAUCCACACCUGUAUUUAGAGCUGGUACAAACACACAAAGAUGAAUAGGUACAGUAACAUAUGUAAACUAACGGUGCAUAUGAACCUGGUUAGACACAACUAAGCUCCCACAAAACACAACUUCUAUCUCUGAAACUGGGGCUCCGUCCUACUUGCGCACACAUGCAGUACAGUCCUCCAACAGCACCAUCAAUGCUACUGCCGUUAGGCAAAGUGAUAAACUAAGGAGCAUGCUGGAAUAAGAAAGCAAAGGACUCUGGGGAGAGAGUGAACAGAGAGACACAAGCGUUAUCCGGAGCCUUUUUUAAAGGAUGCAGACUCUGAAUGCGACAGACGCUUCUCUGUGUACGACUCCACCUUUAUUUUUUGUGAACUUUUCUUUUUUUUUUUUUUUUGGACGAAGCUAAAACGACAUACUCCCUGGAUGAUGUAACCAUGACGCUCUCUCUCUCUCUCUAAUGCCACUCAUGUCUUUAUGAACUCUAUUUAUGAACAAUUUUUUUUACUUGUCGAGUGGGUUUGCUGACUUUUCAGCGGAUGAUGAUGAUGAUGAGAGUGUUCCGGUUUUGUGCAGCAGGACCAGGUUAUAUCCAAGAGUUGUAUUUAUGACAGUGCCAAAGGGUGGGGCUUCACAGAGUCUCCAUGCUUCUUUCUCCAUUUACACGUCAACAGAGAUUUAUCUUGAGUCUGGGAUGUUUGUUUCAUUUGACUUCACUGAUUUGCGCUCGGCAGUGGGAGACCUCAUUUACUUCUGACUUCUUAUUUCUACAGCCUCCAGCAGAUCAAACAAGAAAUUACUGUAACAGGAACUCUCAGUUGGUUGCAGAAGUCCGUUCGCUCUCUGCAAAAGUAACCUGAAAGGAGCCUUUUGUUGUUGUUGUUUUUUUUUUUUUUUUAAAGUUGUAAUUCUAUCCUUGCUGAUCCUUGGGCAUAGCAGAAGAAGCCUCGAUGAAGUAACAGCCUAAGUGCCAAACAUUUCAUUCUUUUUCCUCCUUCAGCUAUAAUAUUUAUUUUUUCUUAGAGGUUUUUAAAAUGUACGUUUUCUCACUUUACCACUACUGCUGUUUGAGCCUCGCAGAUGGUUGUGGUUUUAUUUACCGAGGGAUUAGAUAUACGUCUGUGUGACACCACAUUCUCAAUCUGUUAUUAAGCAUUUCUUUUAUUGGUCUUUCCUCAAAAACAUAAACAAAAAACAGAAGCAUGUUCCUGGGGUUCAUCAUCUUGAUUUUAUCCAUAGCACUUACUGUUAGAAUUUGAAGCUCUUUAAACAAAUUCAGCAACAAUUUAUGAUUUUGCUCUGUAAGACAAAUAUUAUUUCAUCUUUUUUUUCUUUGCAGAUGUAUUGUUUCAACCAGUGUUAUCCACCCACAUCCUCUGAUGAUGUCCUCUUUCCAACUUUCUUGCAGAGGAUAGUUUUUAAAGUCUGCUUCAAACAGAAAUAUUAGAUAAACAACUAUUUGACACGGUUGUUUCUCUUUUUUUUUAAAGUUAUUAUUACCGUUGCAGUUUAAAAAGAGUAUUGUAGAGAAAAGUCCGAUGUGAUUUUCAAUUAGAUUUUCUUACUUGGAACUCUUCCACAAAAGUUUCACUUUGGCUCUCGGCUUCAGAGGCAAAUAUAUCAGAAACUUGGCACAUAGAACCAAAAGUAUCUGCCUGGCCAAACACUACUAGGGGUAAAUGAGAACUUCGGUUUUUUUUGUUUUUUUUUUGGUAAUUUGAUCCAUCUACUCUUAAGUCUGUAAUGCAAAGGUGCACUCACAGUAUCUGCCACAGUACAGUCUAACAAAUGGGUAACUUAGAAACACUGUGCAUGUCUGACCCCAUCAGACAGUGAGGGUUAUAGUUUAGAAAUAUAUCACUGACAACUUACUGAAAAAUGAAUUUAAUUCAAGUAAAGAUAUUGUGCAUUGCUUUAACUUUAGAGUACCAUUCUGUCUGUUGAACCGUGGUACGAGGAAAUACUAUAUUGCUAUAUUGACAAAUAUAUCUGUUAGACGUUAUAGAACCGUGUAUUUUGAAGUAUCUGCUACGAGCUCAGCGACUUUGCUGAUUUGCUGCUAGACGAAGCACUGAGGCCAAUGAAAGAGGGUCUUGGCAGCUACAAAACUACAGUCUCUGACGGUUGGUUGACAGUAGGCCUCCAGAGCAUCAUAGCGACCCAGUAUCCAAUUCUCCUGGCUCACAGUCCCUCCAACUCUGCUGCAGGAAUGCUAAAACUGUACAGAUUUUAUCAUGUGGAUAUAAGCAAACAUUUCUGUUGAUAUUGCGUUGAUUAAGUUGUAUAGUCUUUUGUACAAAGGGAUUUCAUGACCGUUUUUAGACUUGUAUUAAUUUUACUCACUGGAGAAAACCUUUUUUUUUUUUUUUUUUUGCUGGAUUAUUUUAACCACUGUGUUUCCAAGCCUUGUAAAUGAUAGGGAAGAUGCCAGUUAUUUAAUAGUGCUCUUUUAUCUUAUGAAAUACUGGUCACGUAUAGCUGUUGUAAAGUUAACAAAAAGAGGUAUUUAUGAUUUUUUUUUUUUUUGUUUUUUUUGUUUGGUUGUCACUUGAUGUGUAAAUAUGAAAAGACUGUAUAUGUAUUUCCAUGGCAGUACUAACAAGCUGUGUUGUGUGAUAUAGUGAAUUAUCCCUUUGCUAUCUUUUAAUAUAAAAUUGCAUUUGCAUUUCAAUGAAA